AAGUUAUCGCUGCCAAUCGCCUCCCCUGCUGCUUAACCUUUUCGUUUGACUCCUUAUAGCGCGAACCGCAAGGACUUCAGUUUCAAGAAAGAGCAAGCAACAGGAACUCCCCCUUCUUUGGGAAGGGUGCCACGACUGAGGAGGCCCUACUCGGGUAGCCACUUGUUUGUUCGUAGAUUUCUGCUGUUGGUGCACAAAGCAUGACCUCUCUCUUUUGGCAGCGUCGAAUCUCGUCUGCUUUUUCCACCCCAUGGCAACAGAUUCUUAACUCCUUUUGGUCAGCAGAGUCUGGCAGUGCUUUCCAAAGCAUUCCUAAGCCAGUUGUGCCCUGGAACUACCAGCAGAUUCGUCCAAGAACCCGGGGCAAUGAGUACCAGCCAUCAAAUAUCAAGCGAAAGCACAAACAUGGAUGGAUUCGACGUAUCCGCACAGCUAAGGGGAUUGAAGUGAUCCUUCGAAGAAUGCUGAAAGGCAGGAAAUCUCUGAGUCAUUAAAAUUGAUGCUGGUGAGACCCUUCAAACAAAGUUGGAAACUUGACACAUUCGUUCUUUUUCUUGCUAGAAAAUGCUACAAUGUGGUAUAUAGUUCCACAUGGCAUCCUUUACACACGGGUGGUUAUAGUGGUUCCUAUUUGGGUUGUGAAUCUAAAAUUUCUCCAAGAAGGAAUAUAAACCUGUUUCAAACAUCAAAA